GAAUCACCAAGAUAUGUCAUGAACUGGGCUAUACCACGCCCGAAGGCAUCCGAAAGCAGCUGAUGAUUAUCGGGCCAAACGGCCCAUUACUGAGAACCGAUGGCCACGAGCAUGCCGAGACCAUUCGUAGAGAGUUUGGCAACACAAUCCACCCCAUCGGAAAACUUCUUAUGCGGAGGAAGCGGCAGGAAAUUGCAGAGUACAAUGGCGAGAACGGUAUGCGGCGGUGGAUCACCAUCGGCAUCGACAUCUACGACGUAACAACCUUCACUUUUGGGUCCCGGGAGGAACGUGAACGACUCCUUAACACCCCUGGAUCCAUCGUCAAGCUCCCUGAAGCAGAUGACGUACGGAAGGACUUGCUCUCUCGGCUCUUCCCUUACAAAUGCGCGUUUACUGAAGGGUUCAAGGGCUGCGUCCGGAACUACACCCUGCCCAUGACCCUGCGCAUGCUUAGCUGGCACGAUAACCCUAGUAGCGGCCUCUACAUGGCCAUUGACGGCAUCGU